AGCUCAUGAGUCGCGGCCUGCCUGUGCUUGGAGGCUUCCUACAAACCGUCGGUUAUUGAGACUCAGCAUCGCGCACCAAACACGAGGACAAAGGAGGCUAUCUUCAGUCCGUCUUGCUAUCGAUCUCUUGAAAGUCCGUCGUUCUCGCUCUCUCCAGCGCCGCCGGCUGGUACAGCAACCGUCCUCCUUUCCUUCCCUCCCACCUGUUAUGGCAUCACCUAGCGACAACCGUAUCCAUGCACACGCAGCCAAGCAUGCACGAAUGCACAGCGUAUGCAUCGAGCAUUCGUCUUUUGCCUUUGCCGAGCUCACGCCUUCAGCCCGCUGACGCCUUUAGAAGUUUCCGUGCAUCAAGCCAAAGAAGCCCGGGGUGCGGGGUGUCCCACCGCCCGUCUCAAAGGGUCUUCAAGUGCAUAGAACUAUUCUGGAACCUCAUUCUGCCCUCGUCCGCGGCCCGCAACGGGUGCACAAGACAGUCUGGCUGAUAUGCAUCUGGGUACCCGUGUACGUCGAUCGUUCGCCUGUAUCCCGUCCCGGAUGUCUCCAUACUUCUUAGGCCUUUUUUGGGGGUGGGGCGCCUGUGUAGCCCUCUCGUGUCGCACAGGCUGCUUGGAGGUACAAACCAGGGCUUUCUUCAUCCCUCGACCGCAGCCUUCUACGAGAAGCGACCUUUCUUCUGGCAGCGACGUCUUGGUCUACACGGGUAUUGAUGCACUGCCGCAAUCCGGGUCACCAGAAAAGUCAUAUUGUUUAUCUUCAUGCCAUGCAAACAUAUCUGUGAAUCUUAGGGAGGUGUCUCGAGACGCUUUCUGAGCCGGCCUUGACAGGUUCGGGAGGGUUUGAAGAGACAUUAAAAUUUCAUAGUCAGGACUACCUUUUCG